AUGACAGAUGACAGUGAUGCUGGUGACUGGUUUGGUGGUGGUGUUACUGUGGCGCUUGUGGUGGUGGAGAGGACGUGCUCUGUUCCUGGUGGUGUUGUUGCAGCUGGCUGUGGUUGCUCUUCCUCUUCUCUGCCGCUUUUGUGUUAUGUCUUCUCCUUGUUCAGUCACCUUGCUUCUUUGUUUCUUCUUCCAAACGACAGUUCUAAGGGCAAGCUUGUUCUGAAGUCAAUUUCUUUUCCUAAAAUUAUAGGCUGUCCUUGUUUACAGGCUCGGAAUGAAGAGUUUUCUGCUGUCUUUAACCUUCAAGAUUACAAAGCAUCUCGUGAGAAGUGUUACAAGCAAAUACAGGCUGCCAUAGUCAAGUAUCGAGAAAUAAAGAAGAACAUCAACGAGGGAUUGAAGUUUUAUGUUAGUCUUCAGGAUGCCAUCACCAAUAUCAAACAGCAGUGCAGUGAUUUUGUGAUGACCAGAAGUAUCCAGUGUCAAGAAAUGAUUGAAGAUGUACAAAGACAAAUGGCUGGACUAAGUUUUCAAGACCAUAAGAAUGCAGGCUCAUACAGCUAUCCUGCAGUAAACCAGCCCCAUCAAACUCAAAGAUCCAGUUCACAUCCUCCAUCAGAUCCUCAAAAUGUUCCGCAUCCGCAUCCUCAGCCCCAGACACAGUACUUUCAGCCUCCUGGGCAGUCUACAAUACCUGGUUAUGCUCACCCUCCUCCCCCUUACACAACACCACUGCAGCCGCCACCUUAUCAUAUGCCCCCUGCUCCAGGUGCUCCUUACCCGCCUCGACAGGUUCAGCAACCACCAACAAACCAGGAGUAUGGUCACCCUGCCUAUCCAGGGUGGCGGGGCCCAUACUACAAUGCCCAUGGACAACAACCUGGAUCUCUUGCUCGGCCUACUUACACUAAUCCAGGUCCAUACCCUCCCCCUCACCAAGACUAUUAUAAACAAUAGUUUUCUUUUGACUUAAUAAUUUGAUCAUCUAUCGUGUGUUAUUUUUGUUGCUUGAUCUCAUCCUUGGUGGGAUAGAUUGGAUUUAGCUAGAGCAUUUGGUUGCAAAGUGUGAUUAUCAUGAAUAACCAUUGGCUUUGAAUAAUCUCUGUACAUGUUAUGCAUGUGUAUAUCUUGUUAAUUCAAACAUACAGAGGUGAUGCAGUAUAAAGAUAAAUUUCCAUUAAUUUAUUUGUAAUUUUAUUA